AUAUACAGACAGGUUUAGAAUCUGUGUUUCAAGUAUCACAGAGUGGAAGGAAAUCCUCCUCUCUUUUUCUCUUCCCUGUAUAAUAAUUCUAGUCUUAGAGGUUUUUCAAAUUUGUAAUGGUCUUAGCUCAGUUCCUGUGUUAUACAGUCUCCAAAUUCCUCUCCUGAGUUCCCACCUAGGGGCAAGAAGGGACAAAGACCGGGAGGGGGAAUGAUGCUACCUGGUUCUCCCGAUUUGCUCUUGCUCUACGAUUGUAUUUUCUGCCGUCCCAUCUCUGUCUGCCUCCACAGGGCACCUGGUUGACAGAUGAACUUGGGCACACAUGAGCACACCAACCAUCAUCCAGCAUAACUUCACAUAACAAGGACACAGCACAGUUUAAAUAUUUAAACUCUACAGAUGGAGAGAGGCUGAGAAAAAAGUGCAAAGAAAAAGAGCACAGAUUCCUUUUACUGCCCUUCAGAGCGCCUGUAUCACCUCCUUUAGAUUUUGCUGCUUACAGUGUGUCUGGUUUAAGUCAGAAUGGGGUCGAACUUAACCGACAUUUCCUAGUCUUUUCUCCAGCAAAAACCCAGGCCUGGGAUUCUGAAGAGCUGAUGGUUUCUAUUCCUGCCUACUUCUAUCCCUUUAAGAUGAAGGGACCUGAGUGAGAGGUGUAAACUGUUUCUCUUGGAAAACAAGGAGCAGAAGUGAAGUGUCCUCUGCUUCAGGCUGGGACAACAGGAAUAAACUGAUUCUGGCGAAAGCCUUACCCAUAACUGGAAUAAACUGUAAAUAGUAUUCACGACAUACAUCGUCUCUCUCUUCUCUUUCUUUUCCCUCGAGAUAAAUUAUAGGCAGUAACAGAAGCCUUGGCUCAUUUGGGAUAUUGAUACCUUAGGUUUUCAAGUUACAGUCAAAAGCUGGGUAAAGGGUAGAGAGAUCCCCUUGGUGGUUCAAUGUUACAAAGUGAGUCAGGAACAACAAAACUCACUUUGCUGACUCUUGAUACGUGGAUUCUCAUUACGGGAAGGGAGUGAAAGCUCAUUCCUCAUGUAACAUGAGAAAAUUAGAACAGCUAAGGGCUGUUUUUUCCCCUCUGACCACCACUUCAUUAGGAUGAAAAAAUAACCAGAAAGCCUAGAUGUAGGGAAAGCAAGUCAAAAUGUAUAGUAAUUACACAAUGGUGGCUAAGUAUAAUUCGUAAAGAAAUCAGACCACUGGAAUUAGAUAAUGAGAAAGGUUAUAAUGUUUGCUAUGAACCUGGCAGAGUUCACAGAAGGAUGUUUCUGAAAAGAUACAUAUUCCCCUUAAUUACACCAGUACCAAAAAAGGCUACAAUGUUGACCUCAGCCAAAAUUCUGUUGAUUUCAAAAAUGUUUAGUUUACUACUAAUUGAAAGCCUUGGGGAAGAAGGUCCAGAAAUAAACACAACACAAAGCAUUGCAGCAGGCUUAAAAGCGAUGCAAAAUGCAUCUGUUCCUUUGGAAAGUGAUGCAAAUUUAAGCUCAGAUAAAGAAAAUAGAGAAACCUCCAAUCCCAAGACAAGUAAUUCCUCUCUUUGGGAUCCAUCAAAUAAAAACCAUGGAACAACAGAGGUCUUUGGCAAUUCAUCGACAAACAACUUUUCUGGGAAUCCAAGAUCCACACCUACGCUUCCCACAAAUCCUCCCUCGAUCCAAGGCUUUGUUUCUAAAUUGCCUCAGAACUCAUCUAUAGCAGACGAAAAUCCUCAGCCUGUCUCGGCACCUCCUGAUGCUACAUCUGCUCUAUCUUCAGAAAAGUUCACUUGGUCUUCAGCCAGUGAUACCAUGAAAACUCCUGACAACAGUUCCAUUUCAAUUAGCAUCCUUCCUGCAGCACCAAACACCACGUCUGCGUCCCCCAUGAUAACGGAACCAGAAGAAUGGCUCACCACAACCAGUGAUAGCUUCGUAGGGUUUACUCCUUAUCGAGAAACAGCCACUCUACAGCCCACCUUAAAGUUUACCAAUAAUUCGAAAUUCUUCUCAAACACAUCAGACCCCCAAGAAGAGAAUAAAAAUACAGGAGUAGUAUUUGGGGCCAUUUUAGGUGCUAUUCUGGGUGCUUCAUUACUUAGUCUUGUUGGCUACUUGCUGUGCGGAAAAAGGAAAACAGAUUCAUUUUCCCAUCGGCGACUUUAUGAUGACAGAAACGAACCAGUUCUGCGAUUAGACAAUGCACCGGAACCUUAUGAUGCGAGUUUUGGGAACUCUAGUUAUUAUAACUCAACUAUGAAUGAUUCAUCUAUGCCAGCAGGCCGAGAAAAUGCACGUGACGGCAUUCCUAUGGAUGACAUACCUCAACUUCGUACCUCGGUAUAAAACAGAGGGAAGGCUUCUGACGGCAAAUGAUCGCCUACAUCCUAGUCUUUUCACAAACCCAUCCUCCAAAAGCUGAAGCAAGAUCACUGUCAUGUGGCCUGUGCCAAGGAGAACCAUAAAAGCAAGAGACUAGUAGCAGAAACAUAGACGAUAAUCUGAAAGGUUUCCUUUCUUACCAUUUUUGGCUGUGCUGAAUCAUCUACUGAGUAACCUUAA